AUGAAGCUCUCCAUCUUUCUCCCGCUGGCAACAUUCCUCUCCCUCACAUUCGCUGAGGACUACAGCCCAUGCGUCUCGAGAUGUCUGGACGAAGGUGCAGCAGUCGCCGGCUGCAUUUCAGUCAUUGACUACAAGUGCACCUGCACGAGCCCGGCUUUCCGGGACACAGUGCAAGCCUGUCUGAAGUAUGCGUGCACGGCAGAAGAUGCAGUGGAAGCGGGAAAACUGCAUGAGGAACGGUGUGGGACUGCACCACCUUCCUAG